GUUUCACUGACAGAUACAACUAACAAGCAAAAUGUUCAAAAUCGUGUCUUUUUUCUCCAUGGUGGUUUUGGUUGCUGCCAAGCCAAGCGUGGCCCCAGCACCAUUAGUAGCGGCAGCAGCACCCUUAGUAGCUGCACCGGCUCCAGUCGUCGCUCCUGCGCCUUUUGUCACCGCGUCUAGUUCCCAAUACGUCUCCAGAAACUUUAAUGGCUUAGCUUACGCCCCGGCGCCACUUGUGGCCGCUCCAGUUGCGGCGCCAGCAAGGCUAGUGGCUCCCGCCCCGGCUCCUGUUGUGGCCGCCGCACCAGCACCAGUGGUAGCCGCUCCUGCGCCAUACAUAGCUGCCCCAUCACCCUACUUGGCACCAGCAGCCAGACUCGCAGCCCCUGCCCCCUUCUACCCAACAGCGUACGCACGCUACGCAGAACCCUUUGUCAAAAUGUCACAGCUUAGAUUAGUUAUAUCUUUCACCGCCAUCAUAGCCAGCUGCAGUGCUAGCGGAAUUGGCCAUCUUGUACCAGCAGUCAGAACUGUACCCAUCGUCCGUUAUGCACCGUUCUAUAAUUUCCCCAACGGGAGAGCUAUUCAUGGGGUUGCACCAGCUCCAGUACCUGCUCCUUUAUUGCCGGCGCCGUUGUUAGCACGAGCUCCUGUACCAUUUGCUCCGCCAGUAGCCGCUCCACAAUUUUUAUCAGCACCUGCUGUAGCAGCCCCGCCAGCGCCUUUUUUACCGGCCCCAGCUAUAGCAGCAGCACCAGCACCAUUUUUACCGGCACCGGCAUUCCCAGCACCGCCCUUAGCGCCAGCCCCAUUAUAUGCGCCAGCGUUGCCAAGAUUCGCUCCUGUAGCCCCAGCAUUACCAGCGCCAAUUAGUGCUUUUCCAGCACUAUCAGCUGUACCGUUCUCGCCUAUUUUAAGACCUGUGGCACCGGGGGUACCGGUAGCACCAGCGCCCGUGUUACCAGCGCCAGUUACCGUAGCAAGAGCAGUACCUAGUCCAUUCUUCCGACCGUAUUUGGCUCCCGCUCCUUUAGCACCUACUCCUUUUAUCAAACAAUUUGCGUGGAAAUAA